CUGUUGCCUGGCCCUUGUCUUCUGUUGUUACAUUUGGUGUCGCUGCCUACCGACAAAUGGAAAGCCUAUGCCCUGCUGUUUUUGAUGGAGACAUAUGGAUCUUCGGGCAGGACUUCAAGGCUUCUGCGCAGUUGAGUGGCGUUCAAGAUCUGUCAGCGAUGGAGCUGCUACUUGGGACGCUGCUGGGAGUUCGGGUGAAAGCAGCAUAUGAAAGUGUGAGCCGAAAUACCGAUGAAUGUCCGACAGGGUCAGGCAAACAGUUUCCAAAAUGGGAAGGACCACAUAUGGUCACUUCGAGAUGGGAUUACGCGGACACAAUCGCAAUGACGAACAAUGAGAGGCACGUGAACGUCAGCGAGCUCCAGAAAUGGAUACAGCGAGACAAGCCAACGAUGACGCCUGCACCAAGUAGAUCAAGCCGACUUCAGUCGCACGUAUUUGACGGGGGGACGAGUGUGGUGAGAGCAGGCUGCUAGCCGAUUGGUUGACACUAAGCUACGUUAAUAUGGGCCUUGAGAAAAUAUGAACAAGGCUGAUUCAACAACCAAUCACAGCAAAGUUAACGUGGCAAAAUAUGAUUCGCAGAUAGAGAACUCUAUUUGUCAAGGAAUCCCGAAACAACCAAUCAGAUGACUGCGCUUGUCUAUAAUAAUGUAUGUGAAAUAUGUAUAAAAAC